GCCAGAUAUCCACGCACGCCUGACCGCUAGUCCACUUCCUGGGUGGAAGAAUGGGACAUUUUUCAGCACCACAUUUCUUCGCAUUGUGCAUGGCCUUCCGUCACGCUGACGCCCCGGAUAAUCACUUAUAAUGACCACGUGUAAUCAAUAGUGUUCGACCACUUAUUCCCUGUAGUUAAAGACAGCGAUUGAUCGCCGAUUGACCCUUCCACACUACGGGAAUGUCGCUAUCUGGAAGCCCGCUACAGGCGCACGGUGGAGUCCAGCACAUUUUGAACUGUUUUUGCACCGCCGUAGCGUACGUCUCGUUUCGUUCCUCGAAGCUAAAGACAGCCUCUGCUCGGACUGGAGGCGAAUAAAUUUGUCGUUUUAAGAAAAAAACGCCGAAUCGCUAAACGUUACUUUGAUGCGCUGCCUUCGUGGCUGCUGUGCCAACUUCGUUCCUGCUUCGGUCGUGUGUCUGAUCUUUUUCUUCUUUUUUUUUUUUUUUUUUUUUUAAAUAAGAGAAAAGACUCAAACUUUGUCACCCGUUGCCUUCUUGUUGCUCUCGAUGAGUAGUCUAACAUGCGGAGAAUACGGGAACCGAGUUACUGGUGGAUUUUAUCCUUAAUGUUUUUAACCUUGCCCAAACACAAAGACUGUCAUCCUGUUGCAUCAGGUGGCCAACCUCACCACCCCGAAGACAGGCACCAUGGGACUUCAGGCGUAAUGAGGGAGAGGAGGGCAGCUGGUGACCCCUAUUGGUCCUAUUCAGGAAGCCAUGGACCUCAAAGCUGGCCUGCCUCAUACCCAGAAUGUGCUGCGAGGAACCAAUCACCUGUGGACAUUGCAGAGGAACGAGCUUCGGUUUCGGAGGAGUACCAGGAGCUGGUGCUUGACAAGUUCAACGCUGAGACCUCCAACCAGACCACCAUGAAAAACACGGGAAAGACAGUUGCUGUUCUCCUGAAGGAUGACUACUUUGUAAGAGGUGCUGGACUUCCAGGGCGUUUUAAGGCUGAGAAGAUGGAGUUUCACUGGGGCCAUAGCAAUGGAUCAGCAGGCUCAGAACACAGCAUAAAUGGCAGAAGGUUUCCUGUCGAGAUGCAGAUCUACCUUUACAAUUCAGAUGACUUUGACAGCCUCAGUGCUGCCAUCAAGGAAAGACGCAUCAUUGCUGCCAUGGUCGUCUUCUUUGAGCUUGGGCAAAAAGACAAUCCAGCUGUAGAGCCCAUCAUCCAGGGAUUGAAAGGAGUAGUGCAUCAUGAAAAAGAGACCAACCUCAGGUCGUUCAUCCUGAGGGAUCUGCUGCCAUCGUCACUAGACAGUUAUUACCGAUACACUGGCUCUCUGACCACACCGCCCUGCAUCAAGGUAGUGGAGUGGAUCAUCUUCUCCAGGCCUGUGUAUCUGUCCCACUCACAGCUGGAGGCUUUUUACUCCAUCUUUACAACAGAGCAACAGGACCACGUCAAGUCUGUCGAGUACCUCAGGAACAACUUCCGGCCCCUGCAGGACUUGGACAAUAGGAAAGUCUUUAAGUCGGCUGUAAAAGAUGCAUGGCAGAAAGAUUUAACUGAAGUCCUGGGAGGCCCUCACAGCACUGAAGCUUCAAGAGUGUGCAGCAGUGCCCCAGUGAGCAUGAAGAUCAAGCCGCUGAACCAGACAGCAUUGAUGGUGAGCUGGGAGCGCCCUAAGGCUGUUUACCACCCGCCCAUCACCAGCUACAUGGUCUCCUACAGCUGGGUGAAACGUGAUGUUGCUGACGAAAAGACCUUCACCAAGACUGGGGACCAGAGCAUGAAAGCCGUCAUUACGAAUGUGUCCCCUGAUCUCCUGUACCUGUUCAGAGUGCAGGCAGUGUGUCCGCAUGACCUGCGCAGUGACUUCAGUCAAACUCUGCUCUUCAGAGCUAAUACAACAAGAAUAUUUGAAGGGUCUCGUAUUGUGAAGACUGGGAUGCCUACAAUUUCUCCAGCGUCCUCAGCAGACAUGGCUCCCAUCAGCUCUGGUUCCUCUACUUGGACAUCCUCUGGCAUCCACUUCUCUAUUGUCUCUAUGGCAACGGGAAUGGGCCCCUCCUCUAGUGGCAGCCAGGCCACAGUGGCAUCAGUGGUGACGAGCACCUUGCUGGCAGGCUUGGGCGUGGGCGGAGGAGUCAUCUCUUCUUUGCCCAGCUCUGUUUGGCCCACAAAAGCUCCCCAAGCCACGCAGAAUCCCACCCGUCCAUCCAUCCCGCCUGCAAAGUCCAGCACCGAGCAGGCAGCGUCCCAGGGCUCUGAGACAGAUAGUCCGUCUGAGGAGAAGCAGGCUGCACAUGAGGAUGAGGAGGAGGAGAAGGAGGGGGAGCGAGAAGGAGAGCAGGAGGAGGGAGAGGAUGAGAAGAAGAGAAAGAACAAGACUGCACCUGAUAAUGAGGAAAAGCAAGCCAACAGCACUGUGGUCAAAGAGCCUUUAAUCCCCACCCCCGCGUCCACAGCCAAAGAGAAAGGAGAAGGGAAGCCUACAGUCGAAGGCACCACGGUACCCACAAGCACUGGUGAUGAUCAGUUGCUCAACGCAGAGAGGAAUUCCACAGAUGUAAAUGCGUUCUCCACUGCGGAGCCUCGUAAUGCCACGGCCGAGAUGCAGAUUCCCCAGAGCUCCACACUGUCUCCAAAGAUCAGUAAUGAUGGCAAGAGUUCCUGGCCUUUCUUUGUCCACACUGACAGCACCAUUUUGUCCAACACGACCCGAACCCCUCACCCGGGGAUAGGCAGGAUGGUGUGGAUCGUCCCCUUGGUUGUGGUGUCUGCUCUCACUCUGCUCUGCCUCAUAAUGCUGCUGACUGUGAUGGUCUACUGGAGGAGGUUUUUCCAGACAGCUCACUUCUAUGUGGAGGAAAGCAGCUCUCCACGGGUGGUGGCCAAUGAGAAUAUACCCAUCAUCCCUAUACCAGACGACAUGGACGCCAUCCCCGUUAAGCAGUUUAUUAAACACAUCAUGGAGCUCUACAAGAACAACCUGCAAGGGUUUUCUGAGGAUUUCGAGGAGGUCCAACGCUCCAUAGCAGACCUGAAAAUCACUGCAGAACACUCGAAUCAUCCCGACAACAAGCACAAAAACCGAUACAUCAACAUUGUGGCCUAUGACCACAGCAGGGUGAAAUUACGAGCUCUGGCGGGGAAAGAUGCCAAACAUUCGGAUUAUAUCAAUGCCAACUACGUCGAUGGCUACAACCGGCCCAGAGCUUAUAUAGCUGCUCAGGGACCUCUCAAGUCUACAUUUGAGGACUUUUGGAGGAUGGUGUGGGAGCAGAACACAGGAAUCAUCGUCAUGAUCACAAACCUGGUGGAGAAAGGGAGAAGGAAAUGUGACCAGUAUUGGCCAACAGAGAACACCGAGCAGUAUGGAAACAUUGUGGUGACGCCGAAAUGCACCAAAGUACACGCCUGCUACACACUGCGGCGUUUCCUUAUAAGGAACACUAAAGUUAAAAAGGGUCAGAAGGGGAACCCAAAAGGGAAGCUAAAUGAGCGCAUCGUUGUCCAGUACCACUACACGCAGUGGCCUGACAUGGGAGUACCAGAGUACACCCUCCCCGUCCUCACCUUUAUCAACCGCUCAUCAGCGGCUCGCGCUGCAGACAUGGGCCCUGUCCUGGUGCACUGCAGUGCAGGGGUUGGGCGCACAGGAACAUACAUUGUCAUUGACAGCAUGCUACAACAGAUCAAGGACAAAAGCACAGUCAGCGUCCUGGAUUUUCUCAAACAUAUCCGCACACAACGCAACUACCUAGUUCAGACUGAGGAACAGUAUGUGUUCAUCCACGAUGCUCUGAUGGAGGCCAUCAUGAGUAGAGAGACAGAGGUGCCCGCUUGGCAGCUGCAUAGUUAUGUCAACAGCAUCCUCACGCCCAACUCGACAGGCCGCACACUGCUGGAGAAGCAGUUCAGGCUGUUGACUCAGUGCAACGCACGCUUUGUGGAGUGCUUUAGUGCCCACAAAGACUGCAACAAGGAGAAGAACCGCAAUUCCUCAGUGGUUCCCUCGGAGCGAGCAAGGGUCGGACUCACCACUCUGCCUGGAAUGAAAGGAACAGAUUACAUUAAUGCGUCCUACGUAAUGGGUUACUUCAGGAGUAAUGAGUUCAUCGUUACCCAGCAUCCUUUGCCCCACACCACCACAGACUUCUGGAGGAUGAUUUGGGACCAUAACGCUCAAAUAAUUGUCAUGUUGGCUGACAACCAGGGCCUGGCUGAGGAUGAAUUUGUCUAUUGGCCGAGUCGGGAGGAGGCCAUGAACUGCAUCGCCUUUACUGUCACACUUAUCAGUAAGGACAGACUGUGCCUCUCCAACGAGGAGCAGAUCAUCAUCCACGACUUUAUCCUAGAGGCCACACAGGACGACUACGUUUUGGAGGUGAGACAUUUUCAGUGCCCUAAAUGGCCCAACCCUGAUGCUCCUCUAAGCAGCACCUUUGAGCUCAUCAGUGUCAUCAAGGAGGAGGCCAUGACUCGAGAUGGCCCCACCAUUGUGCAUGAUGAGUAUGGAGCCGUGUCAGCAGGCAUGCUCUGUGCCCUCACCACGCUGUCCCAGCAGCUGGAGAACGAAGGCGUUGUCGACAUCUAUCAGGUGGCUAAGAUGAUCAAUCUCAUGAGGCCGGGAGUCUUCACUGAUAUUGAACAGUACCAGUACCUUUACAAAGCCAUGCUCAGCCUGGUCAGUAACAGAGAGUUUUGCCUGAGCCCCAUGCACAUGGACACUAACGGGGUCGUGGUGGUUGCAGACGAGUCGGACCCCGCUGAGAGCAUGGAGUCGCUCGUCUGAGGAAGUUCUCACAGGCACUUAAUUUGUAAAAACCAGAGAACUUUUCUGAGGCCUUUUUUUGCCAGACUAUUGAUUAAAAUGAAUAACCUUAUUACUUUUUAUACUGAUAAAAGUUUUUGAUAUUUAUGUUUUUGUCAUUUAUUUCUUGUUUUAAAUGUUAUCCUGCUGAGCGUUUGCACCUGUUUAAGUUGACGUGAAGAAAAAGCAGCUCUGUCCAGUUUGCACUAUACUAUCAGUGUUACUGCCUCUGUCCAGUGAGUGAAGACGUUUCACAGUUAAAUGGUGGCAUCACGACGCAACCGAGAUCUUUGGACCGUAUUGAGACAAACCUGAAGCAUGAAGACCAGGAUGAGUUAAAGCGAUCCACUUCCAGUAAUUUCUCAAAACAAAAACAUCACAUUACAAUGUAGCCCAGCACGCAUUUUUGUCACUUUGUCCCCUCAAUAAAACAAACUGUUUUGAGGCUCCGCUCCACCCGGUUAAAGCUCUUUAUCACAUGCUAAGAGACUUUUACCUGCUUAAUAUUCAUAUAUUAUUGUCCAAAUAUUUCACUGAUGUCUUGUACAAUGUUAAAGUGUGUCACAAGAUCUAAUGUGAACAUUAAUUUCUUUUUACAGGGAUUUAUAUUGUUACAUUGUUAUAUAUCUCCUGAGCAGCCAAGCGAUGUUUUCUUUUUUUAGUGCUCUUGCCUUUUUGUCCAAUAGCAGGGCAUAGAUUCAUGUUUUAUGAGAUUGUCAUGAUUUUUUCCAGCUUCUUAAACCUCAACUGUCAAAGCUCAACUGUUAACAUGUGUAGUGGGUAUCCGUAUCAACACAGUACAAUGUCUACAAAAAGUAUUCACCCGACACAAACUUCCAUGUUUUAUAGUUUCACAACAUUAAAUUGCAGUGGAUGAAAUUAUGAUAAAUGUGUUGUUGCCAAUCAAUAGAAGUAACGACUUUAUGUUGUUUAAGUGAAAAUAAAUGUCCACAAAUCCAUUUAAAUUCAUUACAAAUAGUAAACUCCACAUUGAUUGCUAUUUAUUUUGUGUUAAACACACAUUGGCAGUAUUUACAGUGACUCUAUUUGGAUAUCUUAAAAUGUAUGUAGUUUAUCACAUUUGAACAGUGAACAGCAAAGUGUCAUGUCCUGUCACUUAUUCUAGACCUAACUGAUCUCUCCAUAACAUUAUCAUUAUGUUUUUAUGACAUUCCUAUGUAGCUGUGGCUUCAUAUUUGGAGACAUUGGUUUGAUGAAAAAUGUAAUCUUGCCGUUCUCUGACAUCGAGAACCGAGGUUUCCUCCCAAGAUUGCUUUAUAUUAUUACUGCCUGUUGGAGAGAAGCGUCCUCACCAGGCCUCAGGAUGAGGACGCUGUCUUUCUGCGGAUGUGGAUUUGCUUACACUCCUCUCGUGGGACCUCUUUAUGGUCUCACUUGUUGCCCUUCUCCUCAACACACUGAGAUUGAGGCAGAUUUUUAUAAUUAUAUUAGGGAUAUCCAGUGCCUUGGAAACGUUCUUAUGUCCCUCCCCAGUUUAGUACUCUUCAGUAAACUCAGAUUUGUUUGUUGACAUGGUGCAUUUUUGGCUGGGAAAUUGACUUCAUGGCUGUUGAUUCCAGGUAUAGUUUACCUAAAAUAACUCACAGGAUUACACACAGGUGAUCUCCAUUCCACUUGUAAAAAAAAGUAGCUGCACCAGUGAUGAUUUAGAUCACAUAGUAAAGGAGUGAAUAUGUGUGCAAUCAAUUGUUUUAUGUUUUUUAUAAGUCUUAUUUAGUUUGCAGCUUUUUCUUUUGAUCAGAGUAGAGACAAACAUUCUAAUUACAUCCACUGUGACUCAAAGUUAGAAAUACAUAAAACAUAAAAAGAUGAAUAGGAGGUGAAUACUUUCUAAUGGGCACUGUAGUUU